AUGCCUGGAGUCCCAGCCUCAUCGCCCAGCACUGGCCGAAAAGCCCCGCGAGCGUCUGGGCAAAGAAUACUUUUCACAGGCCCAGACGGAAUUGGAGAUUAUAGGGCAAGACUGAGCGAUUUCCCCCGACACAUUGGAAUCGGCCCCUUAUCUCCAGAGAGCACUGGAGAUUUGAAUUACUUAUGCCGGGCUGCGCCCUGCGCGCCGCCAUUCUUGCCUAAGCAUUGCUACAUUGGUGGGGUAGGCUGGGGAGUACAGUACUGCGGCACGUUGAACGGUAGGAUCCUGCUGAGCAAUAACCAAAUUAAGCGCGCUGAGUUUCGCUCUGCCAUAGAGGACAGAAUCACUCACAGAUAUCAAAAUCCAUGGCAUGCUCCGCCCCAGUUCUUAGACAAACAGCCAGCAGGAGCUCGAGGAAGGCUAGCAUGGUCGCAUAGCACUUAUGAUAACUACAGCCAGGACAAUAACAAAGAGUUCCUUCUCAGCAAGCAUUUCAUCUACUUGUUCUGGCCUUAA